AAACAUUGAGUCAGCUUGGUGUAUAUGCGCUGCUGACGGCCGACUCGCAAAUGUCAGAAACUGUCAUUUCCUGACAAGCUCACCAAAGCUCACUUCACUUCAUUUUGUUUCAGAUUCAGUGCAGACUCGUUUCGUGUCGUACGACUUAAAAAUGCGUUACGUGGCUGCAUACUUGUUGGCGACUUUGGGGGGCAAAGCCUCACCCAAUGCGGCUGACAUCGAGAAAGUGCUCGGUUCAGUGGGAAUCGAGGCUGACAAAGAAAAGCUGAAGCUGGUCAUCAGUCAGCUCAACGGAAAGGCGAUUGAUGAUCUCAUCGUGCAAGGUCGCGAGAAGCUCAGCUCGCUGCCAGCCGGUGGCGCCGCUCCAGCGGCAUCAGCCGCUGUCGCUGCCCCAGCUGCAGAGGAAAAGAAAGUUGAAGCCAAGAAGGAAGAGAAGAAAGAGGAGUCUGAAUCAGAGGACGACGACAUGGGCUUCGCCCUCUUUGACUAAGCUUAAACCCCUUUUUUUAUUGGAGUUUUAAAUAAAAGAGUAAACUGAA